GAUUCUCACUGCCACACAGUUGAUUAAUAUGGGUUUGCAAAUUCUCAGCGCAGUAGAUUACUUACACAGCAUCAACUUAAUACAUGAAGAUAUUGCAGCAAGAAAUUGUGUAAUUAGGCAUAAAACUCAAAUAGCUUUGAGCGAUUCAGCGCUUAGUCGAGAUUUGUUUCCAGAUGAUUAUGAUUGUUUGGGUGACAAUGCAAAUCGUCCAGUGAAAUGGUUAGCUCUAGAAGCUUUGAUUGAACGAAAAUAUACGAAAGCGACAGAUGUAUGGUCGGUUGGUAUAACCUUAUGGGAAUUAAUUACUAAAGGUCAACAACCUUAUGCCAAUAUUGAUGCCUUCGAAAUGCCAACAGUUUUACGUUGCGGAUAUCGACUGAAGAAACCUCAAAAUUGUCCAGAUGACUUAUGGAAGAUAAUAUUUGCGUGCUGGAAAACAAAUCCGUCCUGUCGACCAACAACUGGCCAACUCAUCACAAGACUGAAUGCUUUCAAAUCAGCUGUGACUAAUUAUAUUUAAAUUUCAAUAAAAUCAGAAUAUUAUUUUGUUAAAAUAUACAGAAAUAUACUUGUAAUUUUG